CGCUUCCUCUCUCUUCUCCUACUUGUGUGUCUAGAUUUCCCCCUUUCUCUUGCCCUCUCUGAAACCCCUUAAGGAAAAGCUCCCAUCAAAGUCCCUACAAAUACGCGGGAAAUGACUAAACUUUUCCAAAGGAAAAGAAUUCACCUUUUCCCUCCCCCUUUUUCUCCACCUUAGCAGCAAUGCUUGGAUCCUCUCUCAUUUGUGCUUCCACACUUCCCUCUUCCCUCUUGUUCCUCCUCCUGGUCUCUUUAUUUAUUUAUCUUCUAAGGAAAAAAAAAAGAAGAAGAGGAAACUCCAAAACCGGUUCAAGGAUUGGUCUUUCCUCCUAAAUAAUUACUAUGUGGCUAAAGGUGGUGGUGGUUGGGGGGCAGUUGUGGGUUUGUGUAUCUGAGGUUGAGAGAAGGUGGGUGGGGGGCUGCAUGGUGUGUAUGUGUGUUUUCUCUCUUUUCCCUCCUCCUCCUCCUCUCUGUUGUUUAAAAGUGAUGGUUGUUGGUGGCAGAGAUGCUUUCGCUGGUUUGUUCUAGGGGGGUCCCCUGUGCAAAGCUAACCCCUCUGGGGUGCGAUUUCGCCCGUCUUCGGCUCCUCCGAUUGGUCAGCGCCUGAUCAGAUGGUUUGCUUUCCUUAUGUCCCUGGUUGGCACGCGGCCAUCCCCCUUCAGCUAAAACCCAAUCUCCCAUAUACUGCUAAUAGCUAAACCGCUUGGACUAUAAAACGCAACAAAUCAUAAAGACCCAGGGAAAGAGCAGGGGCUGCUCUUCUGCAUUAUUAUCAUUAUUAUUAUUAUCAUCACCAUCAUUAUUAUUAUUUCCAAUGAGUUCUUAUUUUGUCAACUCUACUUUCCCGGUGAGCUUAGCCGGGGGUCAAGAGCCGUUCCUGGGACAGCUGCCCUUAUAUUCCACGGGAUACGCGGACCCUUUAAGGCACUAUCCGGCCACGUAUGGACCUGGGGCUGGCGGGGUCCAAGAGAAGGGUUACCCCGGAGCGCCUUACUACCAGCAAGCCAACGGAGCUUACAACCGGAGCCCAGCUUGCGAUUACGGGACAGCUGGGUUUUACAGGGAGAAAGAGACAGCUUGCUCCCUUUCCAGUCUAGAGGACCCGGUUCAGUUCGGCCCGGAGCAGGUCCGAAAGUCCGACUGCUCCCAGAGCAAACACGUUUUCGGAGACAGCGAAGACCAGAAGUGUUCGACCCCGGUGUACCCCUGGAUGCAAAGGAUGAACUCCUGCAACAGUUCUUCGUUUGGGCCGAGUGGCAGGCGAGGGAGGCAGACCUACACCCGUUACCAGACCCUGGAACUGGAGAAGGAAUUCCACUUUAACCGUUACCUAACCAGGCGCCGCAGGAUCGAGAUCGCCCACGCGCUGUGCCUGACGGAGCGCCAGAUCAAGAUCUGGUUCCAGAACCGAAGGAUGAAAUGGAAAAAGGAGAACAAGCUCCUCAAUUCCACCCAGCUGAGCCCCGAGGAAGAAGAGGAGAAAACGACGGAAUGAGGCAGCCGUGGAAGGAGGAGAGAGAGGAAAGAGAGAGAACGGAGGAGGAAGAAAAGAACAGCAACAAAAAAUGCCAACAGUUGUGGGAGCUCCCUCCCCAAAAUAAAAGGGAGAAGGGUGGGCAGGCACAACCCAGACAUCAUGUUUUCUUUUUGUAAAAUAACCCAAGACUGUGUGGAAAUGUUGGCCCAGCUUCCUUUUGCACCCUCAUCUAGUAAUCUGUCAUGUCAUAAACCAGAUUUUAGUCCAGUUUUUUUAUUUUCCCAGCCUUUCUCUUAAGCCUUUCCCCUCCCCUCCCGCCACAAAACAAAUUGGUUUUUUAAAAAAAAGGAAAAGAAAAGAGGGGGAAAAAAACUUUGGGUGUCCUUAGGAUUCUUGCUAACUCUUGUAUUUAAGUGGAGGUGCUGCAAUAUAUGUGUCAGGUUUGGGGAGUGUUGGUUGUCUUCAUUUUUGUAAAACAAAAGUCUCAUGCACGAUUUUACUUAUAUGUUGUUGGGUUUUUGAGGUUUUCUUUUUUUAAGUUAAUCAAACCCUAGGUUCUUUGCCAUUCAAGGGGGUUUUGGUUUGGUUUUUAAAGGGGAAAAAAAGUCUCUUGAAAAAAGGAACAAUGACUACCUAAAAAUAAACAAAGAGGGGUGUCGUUUUUUUGUUUUGUUUUGUUUUAUUUUAUUACAGUUUUGUACAGUGUUGUGUUUGUAGUUUGUGUUAGCUAUGGAGAUUUUAAAUCCUCAAAUAAAUAAAUAAUAAAAAAGAGAACCCAAA